CGGGCCGCCAUUUUGGGUGGCAGGGCUGGGCGCGGAGCGGGGCACCGCGGGCGGCGGAGGCCCGCGGUGGGGGGGGGGCAGCGAGUGCGGCCUGCGGGCGGGCGGCCCCCAUGGCCGGGCAGUUCGACUCCGACGACCGGGCGAGCUGGUACUGGGGGCGGCUGAGCCGGGCCGAGGCGGUGUCGCUGCUGCAGGGGCAGCGCCACGGGACCUUCCUGGUGCGCGAUUCGGGCACCAUCCCCGGCGACUUCGUGCUCUCGGUGUCCGAGAGUUCCCGCGUCUCGCACUACAUCGUCAACAGCCUGGGGCCGGCGGGAGGCCGGCGGGCCGGCGGCGAGGGCCCUGGGGCCCCGGGGUUGAAUCCCACAAGAUUUCGAAUAGGUGACCAAGAGUUUGAUUCUUUGCCAUCUUUACUGGAAUUCUACAAAAUACACUAUUUGGACACUACAACGUUGAUAGAACCAGUUUCCCGAUCCAGGCAGAAUAGUGGUGUUAUCCUCAGGCAGGAGGAAGCUGAGUAUGUGCGAGCUCUCUUUGACUUUAAUGGAAAUGAUGAAGAAGAUCUUCCAUUUAAGAAAGGAGACAUACUGAGAAUCCGGGAUAAACCUGAAGAGCAAUGGUGGAACGCAGAAGACAGCGAAGGAAAGAGGGGAAUGAUACCUGUUCCUUACGUCGAGAAGUAUAGACCUUCCUCUGCUUCCGUAUCUACUCUGAUUGGAGGUAACCAGGAUAGUUCCCACCCACAACCACUGGGUGGGCCGGAGCCAGGGCCCUAUGCCCAGCCCAGCAUCAACACUCCGCUCCCUAACCUUCAGAAUGGCCCUAUUUUUGCCCGGGUUAUCCAGAAGCGAGUCCCUAAUGCCUACGACAAGACAGCCUUGGCUUUGGAGCAGAACUCUGCCAUCUUGACCUUACCAAAGAGGAGUACAUGGAAUAAAACCACAGCAUACAGAAGUCUUCACAUGAACCUUCAGUUUUGCUUUGAAGCGUAUGGGAUAUAUUUAGUCGGUGAGACGGUAAAGGUCACAAAGAUUAACGUGAGUGGUCAGUGGGAAGGAGAAUGUAACGGCAGACGUGGGCACUUUCCAUUCACACAUGUCCGCCUGCUCGAUCAACAGAAUCCUGAUGAGGACUUCAGCUGAGUGUGGCUCAACAGUUGCGCUUACAGAUGGGAACAAUCUCAACUUGUUUUUAUUGCAGAUGCCAUCAAGACUUACGUUCUGACAGAUGUUGAAAGCGGUAUUGCUUGUAUAAGCAUUCUGAUAACCUGCAAACCCCUGGGACUGAACACCACCAUUCCUUAAUCAAGGGUCAUGUAAUUCAGGGUACGACAGUAGAUAACUUGUGUGUCAAGUGGCAGAACUAGUACAUGAUUAUAGGUUGUAAUGCCUGCUUAUGUCCAUGUGCAUAGCAGACUGGACCUUGCCAGCAGCAGCAGUUGGAGAAAGCAGUAACGUAGAUGUUAAGAUAACAUUUAUAGCUCUCUCCAGUUCUAUUGCUUAUGUUGCUUCUUCCUCAGGCAAUGAACAUCAACCUUAGACAAUUCAAUAUAUAGUUAGAAAUUUCACAAAUUUAUCCUGGAGCUUUCUCCAUACAUUGUUUUUUUUUCCCAUCCGGAAUUCUCUGUCCUGGAAAGGCUAUGUAGUACUUUGCAUGGUCAGUUAACUCUGCACAGUACAGAUUUAUGUAGAGCCCGUUGGGGACAGCCUUAUGAUUUACAGAUGCUUACCAUUUUAGUGGUAAAUGACAGAUCAAAUCAACCUCAGAAUUCUAGAAGUUUGUGGACACUAGAUUGAUUUUUUUUUUGUUUGUUUGUUUGUUUCAGUACUGUUUAUUUCUUCAGUACUGUUGAUGCUUCAAAUGUAGCAGCUGAUUUUAAAUUAAAAUGUCUAUUAACACACCAAUAUCUCUUUUUAUUCACAAAUAUAAGGCUUUGGAAGUGUAAACAUCCAUAUUGGUGCUGAAAAAUACGUGCGUAGCACUUUAAUGCAUAGCUUUAAAGCAGUGUUUGAUUCACUAAAUAUACUAAAAUAUUGACACUGCUUUCCAAUAAAAUUAAAUUAUAUAGGGCCAGUUAAUUUUUCUAGAAUUCUUCAAUGCUCCUAUUGUACAAUACUCUUAAAGUACAAAUCAGUGUCAAACAUGGUGAACUGACAAACCAAAUAUUACUUCUAUUUUAAAGUUACUCUGGGGACUCUUCUGGUUUAAUUCCCAUCUGUAAAAUAAUUGAUAGUGAUUUCAUGAGGAUUUUAUUUUUAAUAAACUAAUGGAAAAUAUUUGUGUGCUUCUGGAAUGAUUCUCAAAAGGCAUACUAGAGUAAAUAUGGCUUCCUAGGGCAUAAUGAAAGCCAGUGCAUUGAAUAGGUGGUAUUAUGCACUGCUUGGUUUUUUUUGUGUGGUUUUUUUUUUUUAGUCUGCUCUUCUAAUUAUCUGGUUUUCGCUAACAUAAAUCAGAAUGGAUUCAGUAAGUUUUGUAAACUGAAAUUAAACACUGAAGUAACUAUCCCUUGCCUGUACCCCGGAUUGUUUUCCAAGCACAGCGCUCUAGUGACCAAACUUAAGCAAACAAUUUUGUAACUUUGACUACAGUGUAAUCCAUACAGAACAGUUUUUCUGAAGGGUAUCAAACUGAAAGUGUUAAUUUUGGUUGAUACAAACCAUGUGACUAGAAUGGCUCAUUGGUUGUAAAUGCUGCGAGGGCUAGUUCCCACUGCAAAGGCUAUUGCUGCAAGGCACCGACCCGUACAACAGAAUACUGGUAACACUUUACCUCAGAACUGUGUAACAUGCUGGAAAUUAUAUUUCUGUUAUAUUUAAGUACUAGUUGUUUUACUUCAAAACUAACCCAUCAGCAAGUCUGACUAAUUUUCAGGUAAUGGGCACUCAUUAAUUCUGUAGACUAACGCCAAUGUACAUUAAUCAUACUUUUCCAUCGCCAGUCUCAUAAGCACUACUGAAGAUUAUUAGAAAACUGACAGUUGUGACAGUGGUGUAAGAAGAAUGGUAACAAAAGAAUCGCAGUACUAUUCUAGCUUGGGUUGCUACUCUGGUUAGGGUAAUAUGCCAGUGAUUGUGGGAUUUCUUCUAGCUUAGUACGAAACUGAGGAAAAAAAAUUGAGAAACUAACCCUAGGUUCUGUAACAUUGGUUUCUUUAAGGGUAAUUUGUAUUUUUCCUCUGACCUUGAUAUGUACUAUGACUUUUUUUUGAAUAGCUGCACUCUAAAUAAAAGACUUAAUACUGAGUCUGUCAGUUGCCCAUCCCAUAUAUGCUUGUAUUUUUCUUCAGGUGUCGCAAAAGAAAAGCAAUGAACUGUGUGUUCUUAAGAGUAGCACAGUUUGUUCUGAAGUAUUUUUUCCAAUUGCAGUUAAAGAAAGCCCAUAUGUUUGUACCUCUCCAGUGAUUAUUUUAAGAUACCAAAAGAACAUUUUUCUGAAAGUUUUGUUAUGCAAAUCUUGCCUUUUUAAUAUGAAAAACAUAAAUUGAAUUAACUAGCAAAUACCCUGCAAACUUUGUAGAUGUGUUUUCGUUAAGACUGUAUAAAUUGUGAUAUUUGUACACUUUGAAAGAGCAAAAAAAAAGAAACUAGGAGUCUUAAUAGCUGCUGUUGCACUAGAAUCCUAAGUUCUUGUCAAGCAGUUUUUUGUAGUCAACUGAUACAUUAAUGCAACUGUUUUCCACUAUUCAGUUCUAAGCCGAAAUGUGAUUUUGUUUCAUAGGUGAUAGAAAUGAGUAUGUUUGCAUUUGGGUGAAAUAGACAUUUCAACUUAUCAAGCUCUUAAAGGAAAAUAGGUAGAACAUAAUAUGUUCAUAGAUUAAAUCCUUUUGUGGCCUUUUGUUUAUCCUCUUCUAUUUGUUCCCUCCCUUCUCCCUGAUGCGUGCAAAAAAAAUCAUUGCGAAGAAUGUUGGUCACAAUCUUUUGUCUCUACUUGGCUGUGUUUUUGGUCUUGUGCAUAGGCAGGUGUUAGAACUAGAAUAAUCAUUUCUAGAAAUACACCGUGAAAGCAGAAUGCUUAAUUACACUGUGUUCUUCUGGUGCAUUUACACAUUAUAUCACACUAAAAAGUACAACUGGCUGCUAUGUUUUUUUAAUAUAUAUUUCAUUUUGGUAAACCCCAGCCUUUUUACUAAUAUUUGACCUGGUUAAAUCUUGUUAAUCUGUUUGAAUUGUAUUUGUUAAUAAUGCAAAUAUUUCUAAUCAUCUUAAGAGUAAAACACUUUGGUUUUGUUAAUGGUUUUGGGGAAGGAUUCUAACCAAACCAGUUUCAAGAGAAAUAUGAACAUGUGCCAUUGUAUUAUAACACUAUCCACUUUCUUGACAGUUAAAGUCUUUUUUUUUUUAUUUUUUUUGUAGCAUGUAAUGUAUAUGUUCAUAGUACGUGAAGUAAAUAAAAGUAUAGCCAAAACUUUGA